CUGUCAUUUCUUGAUUUUAGAUAUGUGAGGAGUUAGCGUAGCUCACUAAAAAGCCCUCAGUCUCGGAAAUAUUUAUGUUUGAAUGCACAAAGUAUGAAUAGAUGACCUUGUUAUGCUCCACAUAUUUCAGUGCUUAAGUUCAUACUGAAACCAAUUUAGUUAGCAGUGAUUAUUUAUGAAAGGACGACCUUAGAUGCUGUGCUGGUCUUACAUUCCAAUAUUGAAUGAUCAAGUAUGGAAUAUUUUUUAACCUUUUAACCUUAAUUAAAAAGAGUACUCUUGGGUAGUGCCCUGAGCUAAAUAACUGCACAUUAGUGCUGAGAUGCCGCUCACAGUUCAGACAGAAUUGUUGGCAAUCCAAUGAGCUCUGAAUGGAGGCAUAAUUAGCCAGGAUUUCACCCGGAGUGGGAGGGUUUGAGUCAGUAAAUGUUUUCAAUGGCAUCGGACAAUAGCAGUCCUGUGGUUGAUCAAUUUUCUGUUGUCUGCCUAUGCUAUCUCCAUCAGUGCUUUUUUCUGAACAAUAACUGUACAGCCCAGCUGGACUGUGAAAAGAUAUGGCUGCUUGCUUUGUGUGUUUUGGGGGCCAUGUGUUAGCACCCCCCCUCCAUAUUGAGGACAUUGCACGGUUGGAAUGGGCUGAUAUUUAUAAUUGUGAAUUCCAAAUUGGGGAAUAAAGCAGAAAUGGGAAUUAAACAUGAAAGGUCUUGUGUCUGGUAUUAAGACAGAUUAAUAAUCUCAUGUCAUCUCCCUUCCCCCCCCCACCAUGGUGCUAUCAGGAAUUUGGGAAAAACUUGCUAGAAUGCAUGCUGAUUAUAUGCCACAGGCCAAUGGGAAAUUCUCCUUCCUGCCCUGGCACCGCUACUUCCUGAAGGAGGUGGAGCGAGAGCUGCAAAAAGCCUCGUCCUGCCAGAUUUCCAUCCCCUACUUUGAGUGGGCCGUGGACGCUGGUUCCAUGGAGACCUCUGCCAUCUGGCAGGCUAAUUUCUUCGGGGGUAAUGGGGACCCCGUAACGGACUGUGUCUCACACCACCCAUUCCAGGGGGAGGUGAGCUGGUUCCCCUGCCUGCGGCGGAGGUUCAACUCCUCUGUCUCCCUGCCAGACGGCGUCAACCUGCAGCUGCUGCUGGUGGAGGAGGACUUCGGCCAGUUCUCCACCCAGAUCCGGGCGGUGUCAGCGCUCUUCCACCUCUGGGUAGGGGGACACAUGGCCUCUCCACUCAGCCCAUAUGACCCUGUCUUCUUGUCCCACUAUGCCUUCAUGGACAAGCUGUGGGCACUGUGGCAGGAGCGUGGGCGCGACGUACCCUCGCAGUUUCCUGGAGAGCUGAGAUACGUGAAGAUGAAGCCCUUCAACGUGGCUCCAGAUGAUGUCCUGCAUGCCCAGAAACAGCUCUGCACUCUCUAUGUGCCCAUCACCCUGGGUGCCCCCUGCAAUAUUACCACACCGCAGAAACCAUCCAGCCUUGACAAGUACCAGCAUGACAGGUACAGCAUAGACUCUAAUGACUAUGACCGACAUCACUAUAGCAGAGAUGACUUUGGGCCAAAGGUAAGCUCCACCCAUCGAGGCGAGUACAACAAGAAGGGUUACAACAGACAAGGCUAUGACCGGAAUGGCUUCGACCAAAUGGGCUGGAAUGAGCAUGGCUUUGGCAUUGACGGUUUCGACCGUGACCACAUGGAUGUCGACGGGUAUGAUAUCUUUGGGUUCAGCCGCUACGGGUUCAACCGGUCCAAUGUCACGUCCUUUGGGAUGAAAAGAGAUAGGACCUUUGUCUCAUCUGUGAGUGAAAAGGUCAUGGAGCAGCUCUUUGAAGGCAGAUACAACAAGUAUGGCUUUGAUGCCUUUGGCCUGGACAGGAACGGCUUUGACAUGUUUGGGUUUCGUACCGAUGGCUAUGACAAGGACAGCUGUAACUUUUACUUUCGGGGUCCCCACUACAUGAGGUUUUACUUUUUUGCCCAGCUUCAGAUUAGCAUGGCUGGUCUAGGAACUCUGUCCAGAAUCAAGCGCAUCUGUCCCCACAUAAGCCCUUUACCAGAGAGUUGGGUCAUUCAGAACUGGUUGGCUGUGGACACUGAGGCGGGCAUGGCUGUGAUCCGCCACAUGGAGCAGCAGAGGGCCUUACAGCACCCGUUUGACAGGGACUACAUCCCCAACAUCUCCUCAGUGAAGGAGAGUGGCCUGUGGCUUCCUAUCACCCCCGACCUCAGGUUUUGCUUUGAGUUGCACUGGUUUUCAGGCUGUCCAGUGGGCCCUGCCCCAGUGACCUGCCCUGACCUCUGCAAGAAUGCCCACUGUAUGGGCUAUCCAGACGCUGAGUGCCGCAUCCACAACUGCGGAUCCUGCUUUACUGAGUGGUAUGAUAGAGCCACAGGGAGCCAUGUCAUGUGUCAGGGAUGGUGACAAGGGAACACUUUUGAGUUAAGGAGCCAUCAGUAUGGGGACAACUCUUUGGGCUGGGGGGACAACCCUGGGCUUGUUCACAGGGACACCAUGUCUUGGUCUGAUGUAUGCUUCAAAUGCAGUACCUUCCAGAUCUUUGCAUUGAUUGGAAUUUGUCUGGUAGACAAGCGGUAUAUUGCAUUUCGUUGCAAUUUUCAAAGGAUAAAAAUACACAUGAAAGGAAUUGAAUAAUCCAGGCUUAAGUUCUUCUAGCAUAGUUUGAUAAAGAUAAAACUGUAUGCAUUUUACUGGAUGAACAAGUAUGAUUGACCCUUUCACAAAAUUGAAAAUUUACUUUGACAGACUGGUAGAAAUGUUCCCUACUGUAAAAAUAUGCAAAUAUCCACUUAUUUUUGUACACUCACUAGCAUUUUCAACAUACCAGUAUAUACAAAAUAUAACUUUCUGUUCAAAAUAUAUAAACUAUGCACAGGAUUCAGCGCAGGUGCAGUGUAAUUGCACAAGAAAGCCAACUUUCAGCUCUUCAUGUCCUUUAUGUAUAUUUAUCCCAGACUUGAAUGAUCGUGUUGCUUUUGUAAUACCUCAGGCAUGCUAACCUUUUCACUGCCCACACUGUAAUGUUUUUGAGAAAUAUUUUGCUGUGUUGCUUUACUGUUGGACACUUUGCUGGAGCCCUCAGGCUCAAAACUACCUGACAGCAUGACAUCUGUUCUAAAAUUGAGGAAUGGGAAUGAUGUUUUUGGAUUGUAUACUAACAUCGCCCCCCCCCC